CAGAUAUUGAAUAAAAUGUGGUUACAAAAAAUCACGGAAUAUACGUCACCAUAAUAGAAGGACAUUUCCCUACAUCUAAAGUCACCACAGAAGCUUAUGACUAACGAUAUUAUUUGAUCAGCAUGUAAAACCUUAAACAAGAUUAAAGAGUGACUUUAGAUAUGUCCACUUACUUUUCAGAAAAUGGGUAUUCACUAAUAAUAAGUUUGAAUAAGAUCACUAGGUAAAGUCUGUAUGAAAUCUCUCUGUCAACGUAUAAAAUCUAUCAAUGUAAUCAGGAGAAUAGCCAUCAGGCCUUGCAAUAUUCAGCUCGUUGGUCGAACAGUCUAAUGACUAGCUAAACAUAUUUCUGGGUGGUGCAUUAGUUACAAUACUUCUGGUCUGAUCGAUGUAUGAAGCAGCCAAAUGCAUUCAACUUGGACAAAUAUCUUAAACGGACUGUCAAGUGCUUUUUGCAUUUUAUUCUUUCGAAAAGACACUUAUUGAGCUACAUCCUGUUUUGGUGUGUUUUUUAGUACUAGACAAGUUCUGCUCUCUUUUGUAUUUUAAGACCUCAAGACCAUACAUGAUUUUAAAUAUCAUUUUAGGCCUUGAAAUUAUACAAAUUAUUUCGGAAAUGUCUAGGGAAAAUUCUCCAUAUAUUCAAAUUGAAAGAACACUCUUAAUUAUUAAGCCGGAUAUUAUUAAUUAUGCAGAUAAAAUAGAAGAGUUUAUCUUACAAAAAGGAUUCUUGAUAAUACAGAAAAGACGCGUUCAUUUGACACCAGAACAAGCAAGCGAAUUUUAUGCAGAACAUUACGGGAAAAUAUUUUAUGCAACAUUAAUUGCCUACAUUAGCAGUGGUCCGAUAGAAGUACUAGUCAUAGCUAGAGAAAAUGCUAUAUCUAUUCUCCGUGAAUUAAUUGGUCCACAAAAUGCAUUUAGAGCUAAGGCGACCGCACCUGCAAGUUUAAGAGCUAUUUAUGGUACAGAUGAUCAACAGAAUGGAAUACAUGGAAGCGACUCGUUUACAAGUGCUGAAAGAGAAAUCAGAUUCUUCUUCCCAGAUAAGAUCCAGUGAGAAUCUAUGACCGAUGGAAUUGAACCAUGUCGACCACGAGAUAAGCACCAUUGAUUACGGUGGAUGAUAGUCACUCAAUAUGGGAGAGUGACUUGAGUUGAAAACAUAAACCCUCGAUGGCAGUUCAGUAAUUUGAAGUUUGAGCGAUUCUGACGAGAACUGGAGUUUUUAGGUUUGAGCUCUGCUAGGAUCGUUUAGGGAAGCUGACGAGGAGUCUCACAUUAGAACAAAACGCCGCACUAGUACUUCCUGAUUUUUAACAGCUUCCCAGCUAAAUCUGGUACCUGAUAUAAAAUAUAAACUAUUUUUUACUGUAUGCUUAUGAUAGUGGAAAGUAUGAUUACGUGGCGCCAAAGAAUCACUCCGAAAUCAACUUUGCCCUAAAAUUGACGUAAGCCUAUUAGUUUUUGUUUACAUUUCAACAUGUGUCUGGCCCAUCCACUUUUACAGUAAGAGAAAUGGUUAGGAAGUGCAUUUGUAAGGUAAAGCUUGGUUUAAGAUAACUCAAAUUAGCUUUAAAACAACAAAGGGUUGAUGACAAUAUGUUUUGAAUGGUAAAAGUUGACCGAGCUUGUCAACAGGAAACUGAAGAUAUAUUGAUGCAUCCUGGUUUUUAUCCAUCAUAACAGUUCCAAAUAUCUCGAAUAGAAAAUUUGUGAAAAUUAUAUGAUGAAUUAGCACACUGAUUCACGAUUUCCAGACUUCAAGACGGUUCUCUGAGUGUAAAAUAAAAUCCUGACGUGGAACCCAAAUGUUGUUAUAAAAAUUCAUUUUCUCUUCUAGCAUAUGCACAUCAAUAAACUCAUUUGAAGUUAAUAGAAUCCAUAAAGCUGUCUACGAAAUCCGAUACUAAGCGCCAAACCUACCUUCGGUAGCUUACAUCAGUACUUCACAGAUGACCAAGUCACCCGAAUAAGUAAUACAACCAACAUACCCAAAGAUUUCACCACCCCCAUUUUUUGAACUAGAUUUCAGUGUGAAACCAUUAUCUUACUGUUAGCUUAUAUGAAAAUACGGGAUCUAAUCCACCUAAAAUAUGGGAACAGGAUGCUUUACGAAGGGUACUUUCAAGAAUACAGAGGGUAGAUUGACUAAUCAAAAUAAUGCAAACUUAAAAUAUAUGUUUAAACAAAGUUUUCAUGCUUUUAAAAUUGCGUGGUUAUUUUUUUCGCACAAUGUAAUGUUCCUAUUAUUAAAAUUACUCAUUCAUUUAGUGAUCGUUGCACCGGUUCCCGUAAGACUUGCAGCAAAAGAUUAUUUAGUUCGGAAUGUAAACCCAACUUUACUAAAAGGUUUGACAGAACUGUGCAAACAAAAACCUAAGGAUCCAGUAGUAAGUUGACUUAUUGAUUUUUUCAAAAAUAUUUUCGAACUCACGUAAUAGUAUGUAAUAAAUACAGGAUUAUAUAGUUCUCAUGGUUUUAGAUGAACCUGGACUGUUUAUGUUAAAAGCUUUG